CAUUAUUAGCAUAAAAAUCAUUGAAAAAAAAAAUGGGAUUACAAAAUCAAUUAAGUGAUGUUUCUACUGAAUCCAUUCCGAUUUUGCUCGUAACUCUUCUCGCUAAUUGCAUCGCUAAUCUCCGUUCAAUCAUCUUCGCUUUUCUUCAGUUCAUCGGCGUUUCAGUAAAUCCGAUUCAAAUCGAAGAAAAUGCGAUUUACGAUGCGGUUGGUUCAGGUUUAGCCGGAGUUGUUAUGCUGGCUGAACAGCUUAAUUUGAAUCGGAUGUUCUCGUAUACAUUCGACGAUCAAUCUGCUGGUUCGAGCUGCGUUUUUUGCUUGAAUCGAUUAAUUGAUGGUGAAAAUGUGAGGAAAUUGGAUUGUAAGCAUGUUUUUCAUAAGGCGUGUUUUGAUGGAUGGUUAGAUACGUUUAAUUUUAACUGUCCGAUUUGCCGGUCGUCGUUAUCGGCUGUUUCCGAUGAGCGCGUGGAGGUCACGCGACGGCGCGUUGCAUGGGAUGUGAUUGAGUGGUUCUCGUUGAGGUAGAAAUUAUGCGAAUCAGAACUUCGAUAAACGAGAGGCAUAAGUAUCACGAGGUGUGAAGGAGAUCAACUUAUACAAUCUGUGUGUUGGUGAAAAUGAGUGAUGAAUUUCACCAGGAGUUUUUUUUUUUUUUUUUCCAAAAAAAAAAAUUGAAAUUAGUUUUUGAGGAAUUAUUUCCGGUUUUUGAAGAGCUUGAUAUAAAGUUCUUUUUGCUCAUGUAAAAUAAAAAAAAAAGGUUUUUGGCGGAAUUAAUAUUAUUUUGCAAUAAGUUCAAUUUUUUAUGGACUCGAGACGUGGAAAUAAAUUUAAAGAGUAAUUAUAUUUUAA